GCCCACACGGCCGAGAAGGAGAAGCGCCUGGCGCAACUCCGACAGGAAGAGCUGCCGGACAGCCGUGAUGGGCAGGACCUUGAGCGAUGGCUCGCCGAAGAGGACCCUGGAUCCGGCGGCGAAUUCGGCUUCAGCAUGGUUUGUUUCACCGACAUUUUGGACGGAGACUGCAUGGCUGACUGCAUGACCGACUCUACUUGGGCAAGCAGCAGCCAGCAGUCCACGGGCCGUAUGCGACGCACUCCAGAAGAGCUGGAGGCCAUGCAGCUGAGGGAUACCACCCGAUGGCGGGAAGGCCGCUCGGCGCCGACGCGGUUGCCAAACGCCGAGGAGGAGAGGCGGGAAAGGCACCGCAAAGCCGCCCUCCAUCCAGAUGCUCUGGCCCGGCAAGUCCAGCAAGUGCCGAAAGGCCCGUGA